ACGACGAAGAAGAAGAAGGAGACGAAGAAGAAGAAGGCGACGAAGAACAAGAAGGAGACGAAGAAGAAGCUAGCAUCACAACAACAACAGCACCACCGCCGCUGGCAGCGUCAGGUCGAAGGGGAAGCGAAGUGUUUGUUUCUGCUGAGUUGGGCCACAUCAACAGGUACGCUGGACUUUUCUGACACCCACUCGGACAUGUCCUAUGUCUUCAUCAACGACUCGUCGCAGACCAACGUGCCUCUGCUGCAGGCCUGCAUCGACGGGGACCUGCCCUUCGCCAAGCGGCUCCUAGAAACGGGAUGUGACCCCGUCAUCCGGGACAACAGGGGACGCACGGGCCUCCACCUGGCCGCCGCCCGCGGGAACGUGGACAUUUGCCGCCUGCUGCACAAGUUCGGCGCCGACCUGCUGGCGACGGACUACCAGGGCAACACGGCGCUGCACCUCUGCGGACACGUGGACACGAUACAGUUCCUGGUGUCCAACGGGCUGAAGAUCGAUAUCUGCAACCACAACGGAUCCACGCCUCUGGUGCUGGCGAAGCGGCGCGGUGUCAACAAGGACGCCAUCCGCCUGCUGGAGGGGCUGGAGGAGCAGGAGGUGAAGGGCUUCAACCGAGGGCCCCACUCCAAACUGGAGACCAUGCAGAUGGCCGAUAGUGAGAGUGCGAUGGAAAGCCACUCCCUACUCAACCCCAACCUGCAGAGCAGCGAGGGCGUCCUGUCCAGCUUCCGGACCACCUGGCAGGAGUUCGUGGAGGACCUGGGCUUCUGGAGGGUCCUGCUGCUGCUCGUGGUGAUCGCCCUGCUCUCGCUGGGCAUCGCCUACUACGUCAGCGGCGUCCUGCCUUUUUCCACGAGCCAGCUGGAGCUGGUGCACUGAGGGACGGGCGGGGCGGGAGGGUGGAGGGGGUGGAGGAGGGUGGUGGCGAACAAGCAUGGUGCGAGAAAGGUAGUGAAAUAAUCAAGUGGCGUUCUGCUUCUACGACUGUUUGUACACAAACUCCUUUUAUUUGCUUCAUGAUCCCAUCUUUUUUUUUUUUUUCUUGGUUGUACGAACGGGGACAUUUUUAAAAAUCAUCGAUCAAAAAAGAAUAAAACUCACUUUCAAUUGAAAAAAAAUGUCUUAAACAAGCAACUUGCCUGUUUGCUAGGUCGUGAGAAUGUUGUCGGAAAAAGACCCGGGACCUCGACGCCGAGCGCCAAGUGAAUUUUUAAAAAUGAAAUACGGAAGAUGGGAAUAGAUGCAGAUUUCGCGGCAUCUGCGUCGCCCGACGUUUCGCGAAAAACGCAAAAGAUGCUAGAUUCGUCUCAUUUGCUUCACAAAAUGUUCACGUGACGUGAUUUCGCGUAUUCCGAAUUAGCGCCGGAAUUCUCCCGGAGUCGCUGACAUAGACGUCCGAGAAGGGGAACGGGCCGAAUAUUAGCGGGUUGUGUUUCCUCGUGCGAGUGAGCGCAAAUAAUCCCACGGCGACACGAACAUUUGCUUCACGUUUCGUGUGAACGCAGCAUUAGAACAUGUCGGUCUUGUUUGAGUACUGUGUCACAACUCCCCCUUUAAAAAUUGCUUUUUUCUUUUUCUAAAAGUAGCUACAGUCAAGUUGUUCAAGUCGCUGUCACCUGUUUAAAAACAGGUGUAUGAUUAACAAUAGGCGACUCAGUGACACGUGAUGUUUAUUGUUAACCUUGUGCAACUCUUCCUGUUCAUUUCAAACCGCUUCUGAAAUCUGAAUACGCGUCUUUUUGUUAUGUACAUUCAUACGAUGACUUCUCCUUGUAUCUCUGUUACAAGCUGUAUAAUUGCCAGUGUUAUUUCUCUCUCUCUCUUUUAUUAUUAUGGUUUUCUUACUUGUGCUAUUUAUCAAACAUCCUCUGUGUUAUUCAUCUCCCUUUUGUAUUUUAUCAUGUUUUUUUCCUCACUGCAUUUAUCAGAUUCAACGAAUGUCUGGAUUCCGCCCGGAAACCGUUUCUCUGCGGGAAUGUGAUAUCGUAGAAAAGCACGUGGACUGUGUGCCUUCUGAGAGAAGAGCUCCGUGUCUCCACAAACAGUUCAUCGACAUUCCCACCUGAAAGCAUGAAGCUUUUGUUGCAUUAAAAAUCUACCGCACUGUUGUAACACGUAUAAACUAGGCUUUUACGGCAACAGAUUAUUAUUAUUAUUACUUUGUCUGUUCAUUUGUUCAUCAAUGUCCUCGGAGACUCUGUCGAUUUUAUUUGUUGUGACGUUUUCCAACUGUUGAUUUUUCUGUGAACUAUAACACAUUUGAAGUAAAUCCUAAUUUAAUGUGGAAAAUUCAAUAAAAACGUGUACGAUUGA